GCACUUAUUCCUUUAUAGCAAUUCUGCCCUGGGCACCUUUGACCUUACAAGUCUCUCCCUGGAAGUCCCCCAAAUCAGCUGUCUCUAGACGAAUUUAUCUUUGAGGCUCUCCUACAUACUCUUCCUCAGCUGCACUGGGGCCACAGUCCUUGGAAUGUUCAGGGGCCAUACUUGCUGGGGACGCUGAGAAUUGAUGCUUACUCGUUUGACCGAUACCCAGCUGGGGGAUGAAAAUGGGCCAGAAAGGUGAAAAUGUCACAUGCAGAAACUGUUGUACAGUUGUACUUUACUGUAUUGAAGAGAAAUCCACUGUUGCAUCCUUCCUCCCUUUGCUGCUGCAAACCGAUCCCUUCUCCUGAAAUCUUGGGGGAAAGAAGCUUUGAAACAGCCUGAGUCUUUGUUCUAGGAAGCACCCAGCAAAAAAGACAUGCUCUCCUCACCCCAUGAGUUGGGGAAGUCAAACUACCUUUUAUCAUAAAUGUCAGUUUACUCUGUGCAUCACUUCAAGGGAGGGUCACUGUCAUGUGUGCAGACAUGGUGUGCACCCCUUUCUCUUUCAGAAUGAGGUGGGCAUGGCAUCCUGCUGGAAGCAAGGAUCUUUGUGGGCAGAACGCACCUGGAAACAAGGAAUAUUUUCAUACUGGGCUUUAAUGCUUUCCUGUAACUCUUUCCAGCAAGUGAGGCUGGGCUAGAAAGAGAGUGUGUGCAGCGCACGCAUGCUCCAGCUUCCGCAGCCCCCUCCCUUCCUUUCUCAUCCCUGAUCUCCUCCCCUCUUUUCUCCUCCACCCCUGCUUGGAGCUGCCGAGAGGGAAAGGAACUAGCUCAUCUAUUGAUAGGGAAAGGCAGAAAAAGGGAGGAGGUAGAUCUGUCACUGGGAACCUCUCCAGCAUUCUCCCCAAGUAGCUGACUUCAUCCAGGAGCAGCUAGGACUCUAGGUGCUAGGAUUUCAGCACCAGAAGCCCUGGAUAGCUCCAGAUUCAUUGAGCUGGUACUUUGAGCUACUGGCUGAAUCCGCCCAGAGACGUCACCACACAAAGAAAAAGAGGCGAAGCAUCCUCGCUGGGUGGCCCUUUGAUCUUGCUCAAGCACAAGAUCCUUCUCGUCCCCUUUCUCUUGAGCCCCACAGCAAGGGUUUCUCCUAACCCAUGGGCAGAAAGAUGCUGCUCAAGCUGUUAACUGUGUUGUCCUUGAUUGUCGGCCAGCUGUUCGGCUUCCCGAAGCCUGAAGGUACAAGAGAAGAUAAAGCAAUAUACAACAGAGAAUUAAGUGUAGAGAGACCAUUGGAAGAACAGAUUGCCGAAGCAGAGGCAGGCAAAAUGAAGAAACCACCCUCAACCGAUCUUCCAGAAAAUAAGCCAGAAUUCAGGAAUUAUUCGUUUGUGGAUGACUUGAACCUGCUGAGAUCUGCUGUGGAAAAAGACAGAAAGGAAAAGGAAAUGGAAUCGAUCAGGAGUUCCCUGUAUAAUCAACAGCUUGCUCUUGAUGAUGCAGAUUCCACUAAGAGACGCAGGCUGGUAGAUGAAUAUGACUCCACUAAAAGUGGUGUGGAUUAUAAAUAUCAAGAUGACCCAGAUGGACUUCAUCAGCUUGAUGGGACACCAUUAACAGCUGAAGAUAUUGUUCAGAAGAUUGCCAUGAGAAUAUAUGAGGAAAAUGAUAGAGGAGUCUUUGACAAGAUUGUUUCCAAGCUUCUAAAUCUGGGCCUGAUCACCGAAAGCCAGACCUACACUCUAGAAGAGGAAGUGGCUGAGGCAUUGCAGCAGCUGAUUGCUAAUGAAGCCAAAGAUCGGGAAAAAGCAUCUGAGGAUCCUGAGGCUUUUCCAAGCAGAAGUAACAGUCAGACCAAAGAGAAGCAGAAAGAAAAAAUGGUGUUAAAAAACACUGAUCGGGAUGAUACCUUGGAUAAUACUUGGGUUUCCACCAACAUCUUAGAAAGAAGAAAUGAACUGCCCCCAGAGGAUCACUUUCAGGAUCUCCAGUAUUUCCCUAAUUUCUAUGAACUGUUAAAAAGCCUUAACUCGGAGGAAGAAGUGAAGGAAAAGGAAACCUUGAUUACAAUCAUGAAAACUCUAAUAGAUUUUGUCAAGAUGAUGGUUAAAUAUGGAACCAUCACACCAGAGGAAGGUGUUUCAUACCUCGAAAAUCUAGAUGCCAUGAUAGCACUGCAGACAAGAAAGAAACUUGAAAAAUCCAGUUCCCAGAACAAGCUGUCAGACAAGAGCACUGAGGAAGCCGACAGCACAAAAACAGCCGCGGCUGAAAUGGAAAAAGAAUAUGAAGGCCUGAAGGAUUCCACAAAAGCUGAGGAAGAAGACACAGGUAACAACAAACAGCCCAAAGGGAAAGCAGAGGCAUAUUUGGAAGCCAUCAGGAAGAAUAUAGAGUGGCUGAAAAAACAUAAUACACAAGGAAAGAAAGAUGAUUAUGACCUUUCUAAACUGCGGGAUUUCAUAGAUCAAGAGGCUGAUGCUUAUGUGGACAAGGGCAUCCUGGAUAAAGAAGAGGCAGAUGUGAUCAAGCGUAUCUACGGCAGCCUGUAAAGAAGAGAAAAUCCGACACCUCUUGAAACUGUAUGGAAUUCUAGUCUAGCUUCACCCACAUCUAGUUCUAAGAUCUUCAACUUUCUUUCUCCCCGCCACAUCCCAGGAAAAAAAAGGGUGAUUAGAAAGUAUUCUGUCUCCAUUGUACUGAAUUUUAUCCAGGUUAAAAAAACAACAACAACAAUUGCAUAUUCAUUUUUUCUCCGCUUUGAUCAGCCUGCUUAAAGCAAAUUUGCUGCCCACUUUAUAGAUGACAGGGUAUAACAGUUGCUUACAUCAUGUCCCCAUUAGCUUAUCAAGCGGCUCUUUCAGAUUAUACGUCUUGAAGAACAGCUUUCUCCCCCAACCCACACCCUCCAGUAUCUACCAGUUUGUUCCAUCGUGGUAUGGCUUUUUAGAGAUACUGUUCUAAAAAACUGUAAAGGGCAUUACUCGGGGUAACUCAACUUAAUUAACUCAAUUUUUGCAAAGAAAUCUCACAUUCGCAUUCUCUUUUGUGGUAACUAUUGUUUCAUGUCCCAGAAGGUACUGUUGGAAUGCUGUAAUGUAUUAGUUUUCUUGCUGUUUGCGCCUUCCACUUUGUCUCUCCAUCCGUGUGCCAUUAAGUCAUGGCUAUGUGUUUAACACUGCAUCAGCCUUUAAAAUAGAUCUUACAGGGAGAAAGAACUGUAUUGUCACAAUAUUGCUACGGUCAGGUACAGUAGCAACUGUUGUCAUUCACAUACUUCAUCGUUCUUGAAUAAGUGUUAUUUCUCUGCAUGUAUAAAGAACAGUUCUUGACGUGAGUAGCUUAAUGAUAUGUGAAUAACUUCAUUCCUAGGGGUAAAAAGGAGGUGAAGCAAAGCACUUGAGGAGACAUUUGCAUGGAGGAUAACUGAUAUGCUAGGACUUGCAGGGAAUGCAGUGUUGGUUAGCAACAUAGGAUUUCAUAAAUGUCUUGUGUCUCUAAACUUUUGAUUUUCCCUGAAUUAACACUGAAGAUCCAAAUUCCUUUUAUCAUUAAGGAGAUAUACUUUUACAGAGGCUGGGUUCACAUUUUAUUAUUUUUUUUAACUAAGACACAAUUGAUUGGGUUAACACAGUAUGCUAAGCCAUAAAUCAUAAUCCACAAUGCUAGUUCACAGUUUGAUCAACCAUGGUUUGUUGAUUAAGCUAUAAUUAGAUGGGCUCAUACAGUGCACUAAGGCAUAAACCAUAGUUCAAAAACUAGAAUGACUACAUUCACAGAAUAUUGCACCCCCCCCCCAUAGUAAAUGCUGCUUGCACAGUGAACAUUUCUUGAGAGGAGCACAUCCUGCAUUUAAGUUCUUGUUCUGAAUGUUGCAUGAGGAAACCUAUGUAUGCCUCAUAAUAAUUAACUUUUUUUUGUUUUGAGAUCCCAAAUUCAUGACAUUAAGAUGCAGUGAGCAUUCCAGUCAGAAGAUGAGCUGAUUCUGCUUAAUCUCUGCCUUAACAGUACAAGUAGCCCUUGCUUAAGGAUGGUAAUUGGGACCAGAAUACCAGUUGCUAAGUGGUGUGGUUGUAAAGCACAUCAGGUGACUGUGCCGCUUAGCAGCAGCAGUCCCGACAGUCCCUGGUUAUCAUCAUUAAGCAAGGACCAUGCAGGUUAUUAAGUGAGUACCUCACAUGACUGCGACUUCUGACUUCCUGCUGGCUUCCCCAUUGACUUUGCUUGUGGGAAGCUGGCAGGGAAGGUUGCAAAUUGUGAUCAUGCAACCACAGGACAUGUGACGGUCAGAAAUCUGGGUGGGUUGCCGAGCGCCUGGAUCAUGAUCAUGUGACAGUGGGGGCACUGCAACAGCCAGAACUUUGAGGACCAGUCAUGAGUACUACUUGUUCAGUGCCAUUGCAAGUUUGAAUGGUUGCUGAACGAGUGGUCAUUAAAUGAGGACCACCUGUAUGUUUGCUUGUUUUGUCUUUCCCCCCAUAAACUGCACUGAUCAGCAGCAGCAAUAAAAUGCUUUAGAAGCAAUUCAGACUAAAACUAGCAAAUGCAGAGUAAAAUUUCACUGUCUUCAUGGACCUACUGGAAGCUGGCACUGAUAAAGCUACGUAUCAAUGGGAAGGAAUCCCAAAAAUACGAGGGCAUCUAUAAAAAGAGAAUGGCUUUCACUGGUAGGUCAAGAGCAGGGCAGAGGCAAGUUGAAUGGCCCAAUCCCUCCUGCUGUGGGAUCAUGGCAGGAAAUUUGGAUAAGAGUGAGGCAAGUCCCGUAUUUGAAAUCAUACAGCAUUACAGUUGGCAGCCUCCUUCACAAAUUGAUGUUUUAGAUACAGAAGAGGAUUUGGUUAACUUCUUGUGCUACUAACUCAGAAAUGUUCAUUUUAGCACCAUCUGGAUAGUAAAAGCUCUAAAAGAGAAACCUAAUGUACUCUACAAACAUACUAAUCUCCUAUCCUUCACUACAUUUUAAGGAGUAAUUAAAAGAAUUUGCAUUUAUAUGAGAUGUGAAGGCAUUCAGCAGAGAAAUUAAGGACGCAGUCCAAAGCAGACUUACUCAGUAGGGAAUACUUCUGAGUGGACAUGCACAGGCUUGAGCUUUGAGAGAAACAGAAUAAAAUAAUCAACGUCAAUGGUUUAGAAGUCUCUUGUUCAGAGACAGCCAACAUACAUAAUUUGCUAUUUUGGGAAUAUAGUGGUUUUUAGUUCUUGGUUUCAGCUGAGCAUUAAACCAGUGAAUUGACGUCAAGGGGAGCCAUCCUUCUGCAAAUGUGACCCAAUUAACCAUAGAUGCCAUUGCCAGAUAUUACUGGCUCUCUGAAAACUGAAAGCCAUUUGUAUUCUUUUUAUAUUUCACUCUAUCUGCCAGGAAGGCGUAAAUAGAUUUGAUGUAAUUUUGCUCUGUAAGAUCUGAAAUUUGCUCACUGUUUCUGUCACAAAAAGUCAUUUUUCCAGUGCACCAAACAAUUAUUUUUUUCCUUCACUGUUUUUUUCCACUGCAUGAGACCAUUUUAUGUUAUGUGUAAUUUCCUUUUAUAUAUGUAACAUGUAAAGUAAAUACCAGUUUAAGAUAAAAGGUCUCUCAAGACGGUUCACAAGUGAAAUCAUAAAUCAAGAUAAAUAUAAAAUAGAUUAGGUCAGCAGCAUAAAAACAGCUCCCAAACAAAUCAACUAAUAAAAAACUAUAUGGCAAAUUCUAUUAGAUUUCCCCCUGCAAAGUCAGCAACAGUGUUAUGUGACACUGCAAUUAUGGUAAAAAAAGAAAUCCCAUACAUGUUCAUGUUUACGCUGUGCUAGGCAUGAUAACAAAUUGUACAAGUUCAGCUUGUUCAAUUGUUUUAUCUGGUAAAUGGAAAUUACUAGGAAUAGCUCUGUGGCGAUGGCUGUGAUUGCUAUGGCUAAGGGUUCAGUGGAUCAAAAAAAAAAAGGCCUGCUGAAGGAACAAGUCAUGAGAAAAUCAUAAGGUAAGAGGGAAAACACGGCAAAGAGGAUAAUGUGCCCCAAACACUGGGGUCAAGACAGCAGAAGAUACGGAAAUGGCUGUAAGAGACAAUUAAUGAUGGUAGCCAAGUUUAUAUAUAGUAAACAAGAAUGGUGUUUAUAAGGUUAGGACAGAAAUAAGACAUAGAGGGAUUUAAAAAUAAGAACAUGGAAUAAUAAAGCUGAUGUAGAAUCAUGAGUAUGAAUCUUACAAUUAAAGGAACAGGGAAACUGUUCAUUGGGCAAAUCGCAGCGUCUUGGUUGUACUUCACCUUAACUAUUACCAAAAUGCUUUAUAUGGGAUUACAUUUGAAAAGUGCCUGGAAGUUGCAGUUGGUGCGAAAUGUGGCAGCUGAUGUUAAACAAUGCAAAGUACAGAUACCAUAUGAGGCCUGCACUGAAAGAUCUGUACUAAACAGAUUGCUUUCUGGGCACAAUUUAAAGUUUAAAUGUUAACCAUUAUGACUUUUAACUGCCUAGGGACUCACCAUCAAAGAGGCCAACUCUUCCCUUUCAAACCUGAACGGAUAUUAAGAUCUGCAGGAGAGAGACUGAUCUGCCUUCACUCUCAGCAGCACACACGUCAGUACACAGGAAAAAUCCCUUUUUUGCAUUACUUCCAGGAUAUAGACUAUACUUCCUCAGUUCUGGUCUUUCUCUGUACAAUAGAAGAGCAUAGAUCUUUCACCAGAUUGCUAGUUAAUUUUAAAGUUAAUUUUAUUUAUGUUUUAGAAAAAUCUUACUCCAUAUUCUUAAUUUUAAUUCUUGAUAGCCACUUUCAAUUUUCAGUUGAGUAAAAGGCAGGAUAUAAACUAGAUGCAUAAACAUACACACAGUCCCCUUGCUAGGAGAGUAUUAAAGACAAUGGUUUUUAGCCAGAGAAAACAAAUACAGCCUCAAGAAAUUGGAAAGUCCAGUUAAGUUUGUGGUUAGGAGGCAGACAUAGGCCUCAAAGACAUUAGAUUUCCCAAACUAAUAGAAAAAUAAGUUACUUCUGAUAAUGAGCCACUUCCAUUUAUGAUUUUCAUAUGAAGAUACCAUUUCAUUUGGGAAACCUGCAUUUGUAACAAAGACUCAUACAGUAUUUGUAAUUCAUCAAUCGUGUCCAUAGUGGAAAGCCUCAGUCCUGCUCAAUGAUGAAGUAUGCGAAUACAAAGUCACGUGGUCCACUUUUGCCUUAGCAUACAGUAGAAAACAUCAGCACGAUAAUCCCAGUAAGAAAUCCAGGGUCACCUAGAGCCAGCUGUAGUACAAGAGGUUGCAGGGAAAACAAUUAGCAAGUGUUCAUCAAGUGUAUACUUGAGGGGGGUUUAGUUGUUUUUAGUUAUGGGAAUCAAUGCACAUUCUUGUCAUCAAAAAGUAACUCUUGGUUGUUUUCCCAAGCUUUCUUCCAUUUCAGCACCCUAAUUUUAGAAGGGGAAGCCGGUGCUAUAUUGUUGGUGCUGUUUGAGAAUCCCAUGAUUAUGUAUCAGAGGGAGAACUAAAAUAUAUAUACAAGUAUCUGAAGGAUAACAGGACUACUUAAAUAGAGCUGUGGACAAUUGGCAAAUGAUUCUGUCCUUAUGCUAGUGAACCUUUAGGGUUGUUGUUGUUUUCUUUGAAACUAUAUAUAAUUCAGAUUCAGUAUGCCAUGUUUUUAAUAACCAGCAAAUUACUUAGCUUAAUUCCUCUGCUUCAUUCUGUGAAUUGAGGACUGUUAUCAUACCAUGUGGCAUCAAAUACAGCAUUUGGUAACAUGAGAUGAUAAAGCAGACAGAAAACAACCCUGUUCAUCACCCGCAUGGAUGAAUGGCAAUGGCUUGUGCAGAAUGGGGUGAUCAGUUUUUAAAAGAAGCAGUGCAAGCAAUGCAGCAUAAUAUUUAAAGGCAUAGUGUUGACUUGAUAUUUUUGCCAUAUUAGCAUAUAAAAGCAAUUGCUAGACACAUUUGAUAUUUUCUCUAUCCCAGCAAUGGGAAAUAAAAGUAUCCUGCACUUCUCUAGUUCUAAUCUCACCAAUCCUUUUUUAAUAACCUUAACAUCUUUUAGAUGCUCUGAUGUGUCUUUACAGUUUAAAACCAUUGUUGGGAAAAAUGUAACAAAUUACCACAUAUAUUGCAUUCAAAAUACACUUUUCUAAUAGAAUCCUGUUUCUGAUACUGUACUUUAUUAAAUGCUUUGCUACAAGACAAA